UGUAUCCGGGCUGCGAGGUGCUCGGCGUCUCGGCGGACCUUGCAGCCUGUCUCUUUAACGCGAGAGGAAGCGAUGCGGAGGGGUGGAAAAUGGCAGAGCUGCAGAUGUUACUAGAGGAGGAAAUCCCGUCUGGCAAGAGGGCGCUGAUAGAGAGUUACCAGAACCUGACCCGGGUGGCGGACUACUGUGAGAACAACUACAUACAGGCUACAGACAAGAGAAAAGCUUUAGAAGAGACCAAAGCCUAUACAACCCAAUCCCUAGCUAGUGUUGCUUAUCAAAUAAAUGCAUUGGCCAACAAUGUACUCCAAUUGCUGGACAUCCAAGCCUCUCAGCUUCGGAGAAUGGAGUCUUCCAUCAAUCAUAUCUCACAGACGGUGGACAUUCAUAAAGAGAAAGUGGCUCGAAGGGAGAUUGGUAUUUUGACAACAAAUAAGAAUACAUCAAGAACUCACAAAAUAAUAGCACCUGCAAAUAUGGAGCGCCCUGUAAGGUAUAUUCGGAAACCUAUUGACUAUACAGUUCUGGAUGAUGUGGGCCAUGGUGUCAAGUGGCUAAAAGCCAAGCAUGGAAAUAACCAGCCUGCAAGAACUGGCACACUGUCGAGAACAAAUCCUCCUACUCAGAAACCACCAAGUCCUCCCAUGUCAGGCCGGGGAACGUUGGGACGGAAUACGCCUUACAAAACCCUGGAACCUGUUAAACCUCCAACAGUUCCUAAUGACUACAUGACCAGUCCUGCUAGGCUGGGAAGUCAGCAUAGCCCGGGCAGAACAGCUUCUUUAAACCAGAGACCGAGGACACACAGUGGAAGUAGUGGGGGAAGUGGAAGUCGAGAAAACAGUGGAAGCAGCAGUAUUGGCAUUCCCAUUGCUGUGCCUACACCUUCACCACCCACUAUUGGAUCAGUGGCCCCGGGCUCAGCUCCUGGUUCCCAGUAUGGCACAAUGACCAGGCAGAUAUCUCGACACAACUCUACUACUUCCUCGACAUCUUCUGGUGGAUACAGACGAACUCCCUCUGUGACUGCUCAAUUUUCUGCUCAGCCUCAUGUUAAUGGAGGUCCACUUUAUUCUCAGAAUUCAAUUUCUAUCGCUCCACCCCCUCCCCCUAUGCCUCAGUUGACUCCACAGAUACCUCUCACAGGCUUCGUGGCCAGGGUGCAGGAAAACAUUGCUGAUAGUCCAACUCCUCCACCACCACCUCCACCAGAUGACAUUCCCAUGUUUGAUGACUCUCCACCUCCGCCACCACCACCUCCAGUGGAUUAUGAAGAUGAAGAGGCUGCAGUAGUUCAGUAUAAUGACCCAUAUGCAGAUGGGGAUCCUGCUUGGGCCCCUAAAAAUUAUAUUGAGAAAGUUGUGGCAAUAUAUGAUUAUACAAAAGACAAGGAUGAUGAGCUGUCAUUUAUGGAGGGUGCAAUCAUUUAUGUAAUAAAGAAGAAUGAUGAUGGCUGGUAUGAAGGAGUCUGCAAUCGAGUGACUGGUCUGUUCCCUGGGAACUACGUUGAAUCAAUCAUGCACUAUACUGAUUAAAAUUUUUUGCUUUUAAAGAUAAACCCUCUUUCCCACUGCUUAGGAGAAGCCAAGCUACACUAGACCAAUUUUGAAAUGUGAAAUAAAGAGAUUUCAAUAUGUGAAAUUCUGGCUUCUAGCACCUGACAGUUGUCCCAAUUGUUGGUUUUCUUUGUUAUCUUUCUAGUCCUUAUUUUUAGGGAUAUGGUAUCUAAUAUAAUCAUAUACACAAAGAUGCCAUACAUAUUUCCCCAUUUGUAGUCUGUUUUUAAAAUAGGUUUUUAGUGAUUCCACUUAUUUCUGAAAUGUUUGUAAUUGCCUAAAGCCUCAUGCUUCAAACAUAAAUAUUGUUCUUUCAUGAUCAAAUGAUCUUCCCUGGUCCUGCGGUCUCCUCCGUAUUUGUUUUCCUUUCCGGUGGGGAGAAGUAAGACUUUUAGCUAAGUCUUUCUUAAAACUCCAAAAAAGUAGCUGGCACCGGCCACCUGCGUGCAGUUCCUACUGCUCUGCUGAGCAUGCUGAGCAGGCCCAGGCCCAGUUUUAGGGAACAAAGACAGUAAAAACCAAAACGGGGGAAGGGGAGAGGAAGUGUCUACAUUGAUCCCCCACAAGAAAGCCAGAUCGAGCUCCCAGAAACAAAGGAAGUGCUGACAGAAUCGUAUCCCAUUGUGUAGACAUACCAUGGUUUCCUCAGCCACUCAGGCAUUUAGGUUUCCAAUAGUUCACAAUUACAAAUACUAGGGAUAUGUUCAUCGGACAGGGGAGCAAGGUUAAAGGGCCUUCCCCACUGGUUAAAUUUGGGGCAAUUGGGCAUUAAAAUAAAUAACAAUAAAGGAUUAUAAUCCAAAGAAUAAAAUAAGAAACCAAGAGUCCAUAGACAAAAAUCUUCCUUAAAAUAGCCCUGGCCCAUUUGGCUCAGUAAUUAGAACAUUGGUCCAGGUUUGAUUCCAGGUCAAGAACAAAUACCUGGGUUGCAGGCUUGAUCCCCAGCCCCUCAGUCAGGGUGCAUGUGGGAGGCAACCAAUCAAUGUGUCUCACAUUGAUGUUUCUCUCUCUCUCUCUCUCUUAGAAUAUUUGGAAUAUUUCUACCCAUAUAUUUCUACAUGUAGAAACUUUUAUUCAGAGAGCCCACGUUAAUUUUGUUUUAUUCUAAUGAUGCUGGAAUUUAGGAAUAAAUCCCACGAAAGUGGGUAGUUCUCUCCCUUGUCCCUCCCCUCCACUCUCUCUGAAAAAAAAAAAAAAAAGAAAAA